AUGAUUAUCGUAUUUGAAGAAUUUCGUUUCUGUAGUUUUGAUUUACCCGAUCCAUACAAAGCUGCGCAUGGACCAAGAUCGAGCAGUGAAGGAAGCUUACUAGUGGUCGACGGACCGACGGAAUUACAGAGUGGAGAGGUCCUGCUGCAACUAAAAGCCAGAAAUUGGUGGGAAGUGGGACAUGACAGCAAGCGCUGGAUGAGAAAUCCAGUUUCGCAUAUUUGGGGUCCCAGAGCCAGUGGAGUAUAA